AUGUCUCCUUCAACCUCUCAAGUCCCAAACCAGAGCUCAGUUCAACGUUGGUUUGACGAUGGGCAUGCGAAGCAUCACGUUCCACUAGCACCAGCCGUGCCCAUCGACCCUACCGUCAACACCUGGUCCCGCUUUGGCCCUACCUUCGAAGCCUAUGAAUACUCAGGCUGGAUCGACGAGAGCGUCUCCUGGAAAACGGACUGCUACAUCGGAGAUUGGUCGCCGCUGCUGAAAGCCCGCGUCAAAGGCCCAGAGGCCCAGGCCUUCUUCGAAUUCAUCUCUACCAACCGAUGGCCCAACUUCAAGCCAGGUCAGGCGAAGCAUGCUAUCUUCUGCCAAGACAACGGCUGCGUGGUCGGUGAAGGCCUUGUCCUCAUGCUCGGGAAGGAUGACUUCAUCUUCACCAGCGGGCCUGGCACUGUUUGGCUGGCGUACCAGUUCCAAUUCGGAAGGACGAAGUUCGAUGCUACGCUUGAGCUGGUCACCAAUGAUUGGUUCCUCCUGCAAGUUCAAGGUCCUCGGAGCGCAAAACUUCUCAACGAGGUCACGGCCGAAGGGGUUCAGGACAUUGAGUUCAUGCACUACAAGGAGCUUUCCAUAAACGGCACGAAGUUCCUAUGCUUGCGACAAGGCGUCUCGGGCGAACUCGGGUUCGAGCUUUGGGGCCCUGCGAAAGACGCCCGGAAGAUUUACAGCUCCAUCGUAGACGCUGGCAAGCCACACAACCUCCGCCAACUCGGUGCUCGUACCAAGAUGGUGAACCAUGUUGAAGCAGCGUUUGCGACGCCGGCCGCCGACUUCAUCCCCGCUGUCCACGCGCCCUCGAGCAACAAGGAACUUGUCGAGUUUCGACGAUAUGCCAAGUCGAUUGGCUUCGACUUUGACUUACACGUAUCCAAGGCCAGCGGUAGCUAUGGGACCGAUCCCGUGCUGUAUCACAAUACCCCAUUCGAUCUGAAUUGGGGUUGGCUUGUGAAUCUCGAUCACGACUUUAUCGGGCGUGACGCGCUGGCCAAGCUGAAAGCCGACCCUCCGCGGAAGUUGGUGACACUUGUCUGGGACAAGGACGACGUUGCGGACGUCUUCGCAUCUUUAUUCCGUUCCGAGUCGUAUGAGUAUAUGGAAAUGCCUCGCAACUUGCUCGGUAAUGUUCUUGGUAGCUCCGUGUCGGUUGGAAGCCAGACCGUCGGAUAUGCUGUUUCUCGGUGCUACAGCUACUGGUUCAAGGAGAUGAUUUCUCUCGGCAUUAUACUCAAAGAGCAUUCUUCACCGGGAACGGUCGUAUCGGUGAAAUGGGGAAGCGAAGGCUCGAAACAGAAGAUCAUCAAAGCUAUCGUCCAACCUGCCCCUUACAAAGAAGACAAGAGACGCUGCAAGAUUGUCUAG